CCCUAUGCGGGUGGGAGAGGGACUGGACACCCGGAGCCGGUAGGCAGGAGGGACGGCCGAGGCGCCCUCGAAAUGACGGCGGUACGAAGACAUCCUCUCUGGGCUGCAGCUCAUGUUGACUCCUCCUGUAACUGCCGCCGCUUCAGCUGGACAAUGGAAACUGGUCACUCACACCUUCAGCCCGAGGAAAGAAAUAACGAUUUUAAUUGGACGUCUCUACCUCAACUGCUACGACAUGGCGGGAAACUUCUGGCAAAGUUCUCAUUACCUGCAAUGGGUCCUGGAUAAACAGGACUUGAUGAAAGAGCGGCAGAAGGACCUGAAGUUUCUCACAGAAGAGGAGUACUGGAAGCUGCAGAUCUUCUUUGCCAAUGUGAUCCAGGCUUUAGGGGAACACCUGAAGCUGCGGCAGCAGGUCAUUGCUACGGCAACUGUCUACUUCAAACGCUUCUAUGCCAGGUAUUCCCUGAAAAGUAUAGACCCAGUGCUCAUGGCUCCUACCUGUGUUUUCCUGGCUUCCAAAGUUGAGGAAUUUGGAGUUGUAUCUAAUACCAGGCUGAUCUCUGCAGCAACAUCUGUGUUGAAAACAAGAUUUUCCUAUGCCUUCCCAAAGGAGUUCCCUUACAGAAUGAAUCAUAUAUUAGAAUGUGAGUUCUACCUUCUGGAGUUGAUGGACUGCUGCUUGAUCGUGUACCACCCCUACAGACCACUGUUGCAGUAUGUGCAGGAUAUGGGACAGGAGGACAUGCUGCUGCCCCUGGCCUGGCGAAUAGUGAAUGACACAUACAGGACAGAUCUGUGUCUGCUCUACCCCCCUUUCAUGAUUGCUCUGGCCUGUCUGCAUGUCGCCUGUGUGGUACAGCAGAAAGAUGCCAGGCAGUGGUUUGCGGAGCUCUCUGUCGACAUGGACAAAAUCCUGGAGAUUAUCCGUGUCAUUCUGAAGCUCUACGACCAGUGGAAAAAUUUUGAUGACAGGAAGGAGAUAGCUGCUGUGCUAAACAAGAUGCCCAAACCUAAACCUCCUCCCAACAGUGAGAGCGACCAGAGCUCCAACGGAAACCAAAGCAACUCCUACAGCCAGUCUUAGCGUGGUGUCUGUAUUUCCAUGGGAACCCAUAACGCUGAUAUAGAGAAAGGUGGACCUCUUUUUAAAAAAUGUCAAACAGCACGAACUUUGCGAUGUCAGUUGGGAAAAUAUCACAUUUGAGUUGACCAAGAUGUCCCGUCAUCUUCGUCUGACACCCCUAACAAACUCAGAGAGCCAUGUCUUCACUUUCCCCUUCUCUGAUCAAUGUGGGUUCAUGGAUUAAGCAAGCAGCCAUUGAAAUGCCUGCUUUGAACAGCCGGCCGGUGACAGCAGCUUUGUCGUCUUGACGAGGCCACUCUACUCUGCUACGGACUUGAAAUGAACUAAAACUGAGGAACAUUUUUGGGGCAAGAGGGAAGCUGGGAAUGUGGUAUAAACUGAUGGGAGAACUGCGGGGGGUAGAAACUUGUCAUUGCUAUGAUCCUGACAUCCUUGAACGGCCCAGAGGAGCGAGUCAAUUCACGCAGCGCUCCGUGGGUCUCGAGAAAACUUGAUCACAAGUACUGUGCGUGCAUGUGUGUGUCUGUGUGUACAGCAUGUGAGUGGCCAGUCUGGCUGGGUUUUCAUUCCUCAGGGACUAUAGUACAGUAGUCUUCUCUGUUCUCGGAUCCUGUGCGGUUUAAAGAGUGGACCUGACUGGAUAUCACCAUGUGUUACUGUGAUGUGAUUGGAAACCCCAUGCCCUCUGAUGGUUGAUCGUGAACCUUGGCAGGAAAAAUCCUAAGUGAGGCUCCUCUUUAACAUAGAAAUGAGCUCUUUUAACAAGAAUUUACUGUUUCGAAUCAUGACAACUCCACCUCCUUCCUCCCGUUCCCUCUUCCCUGUUGUAAAUAGCCUUAUAAUUCUAUUCAUUUAUUUUAUCUUUCAUGUUUUUGCUUACUUAAGUAAACGUUGAUGGAAAUCA